GCCCGCUUCCCUCCAGGAUGGCCGUCCCUCUUCUGCUUCUCUUGCUGGGAGUCGCCAGCCGGACCGCGGCACAAACUGCCGACUUAGAGGUCAUCUCCUACACGCCGCGGGUCACGGACCAGCCCAUGGCCGGGAAGAUCACGGCCAGCACCUUCGCCUUGGAGCCCCCCAGGUGCGUCUUCGACCAGUUCAUCAACGCCACCGACCACAUCUGGCUGGUGGUCACCUUCCUCAACGCCACUUCCAAGUUCAAGAACCCGGCCACGCCAAAGGACGUCCCGCCUUACGAGGAGCUCUACAACACCUACGCCUACAUGACCAUGCGGGCCACGCUGGACAGCUUCCCCUGCCAGAAAGAGCGCACCACCAGCGUCCUCCGGGUCGGGAACGAGUCCAGCUGCAAGAACGACGACAGCCGCACCCACUGCAACGGGCCCUUGCCCUCCUCGGGGCCCUUCCGGGUGAAAUUCCUGGCCAUGGACACCAAUGGAGCCGUCGCGGAAACCCGGUGGUCGGCCCCCAUCACGCUGGAGAAACCGAUGCAGUGGGACAAGAUCGACACGUGGCCAGGACGGCGUGAAGGAGACAUGAUUGUCAUUACCGUCAUCCUCUCUUCCCUCUGCGGGGUCGUCACCAUCGGCCUCCUUAGCACCGUGGUCUACGAAUGUUUCAAGGCCUGGAGGCACGGCCCCACGGACAACGCCUCGGAGGAACAGCACCCGGACCCCGAGCCCUCCUCCUUCCAGAGCAGCCGCUACGACACCCACCACAUCCCCCCGGCCCCCCCGGCGCCCCCUCCUCCCCCCUCCAUGGAGGGGACCAGCCCUUAG